AUGGCUAGAAUAUCGUUCACUGUGAAUGGGGAUCGUUACACACUAAGCGAGUUUGAAGUAAGUCCCAACACAAGCUUGAACGAAUAUCUGCGCAACCAUUUGCAACUCUAUGGCACUAAGGCUAUGUGCAAUGAAGGCGGAUGUGGGGCUUGUAUUGUGUCCGCCUCUAAGAUUCAUCCUGUGACUAAGGAAAAACACGUAUUUGCUGUUAAUUCUUGCCUUGUAUAUAUCCUAUCGUGCCAUGAAUGGGACAUACUAACGGUGGAAGGCAUCGGAAACCGCAAGGAUUGUUAUGACCGGAUCCAGCGUGUUCUUGCAGAAUUUAAUGGCAGCCAGUGUGGAUAUUGUUCACCUGGAUGGGUCAUGAACAUGUACAGCCUCAGAGAAUCAAACGACAAAUUGACGACGUAUCAAGUGGAAAAUUCAUUUGGCAGUAACAUGUGUCGAUGUACUGGAUACCGGCCUAUACUCGACAGCUUUAAAAUAUUUGCCACAGAGCUUGAACCUAAACUGCAGAAUAAACUUCAAGAUCUUGAAGAUCUGCAUUUAUCGAAAUGUGUGAAAAAAUGCGAGCGCAAAUGCAGUAUUAUCGAAGAUGGAUGGUGCUUUAUAGAGGAGAAGCCAGGCUCUUCUAUUAAAGUCAGUACUACCGGAGGUCGGUGGUAUAGGCCUAACACAGUACAAGAAAUAUUCACGGUAUUGUCAAAUGAACGUACUGGAAACUACAAGCUAAUAUCAGGAAAUACGGGUAAAGGAGUAUACCCAGAAUCUACCGAACCACAAAUUUACAUUGACAUUUCCUCAGUAGAGUCACUCAAAACAGCGUGCAUGGACCAGAAUUUGGUGUUGGGUGCUGGCAUGACGCUCACUGACGUAGCAGAAACAUUCAAGGCCAGAAGUACAACUGAAGGAGAUUUUAGUUAUUUAAAUGAACUCUUUAAACAUUUGGACUUAGUAGCACAUAUACCUGUAAAAAAUAUUGCCACAAUAGGAGGUAAUUUAGCUUUAAAGAAUCAACAUCACGAAUUUCCUUCGGAUAUCUUUGUAAUACUGGAGACCGUUGGUGCCACAGUAACAUUGGUAAACAAGGACCUACGGAAGACAGAAAAGGGAAUGAAAGAUUUUCUGACCACUAACAUCAAAGACAGCAUCAUAAGUGAAAUAAAACUGCCGCCACUAGGCAGGAACUGUCUACUACGUACGUACAAGGUAAUGCCUCGCGCCCAAAACGUACAUGCCUUAGUAAACGCUGGUUUUCUCUUUAAACUGGACUCUACAGAGACGAUAACAUCCGCAAAAAUAGUUUUUGGAAACAUCAGUCGAUCAUUUGUAAGGGCUUCGAUAACUGAAUCGGCGCUUGUAGGGAUGACCUUCAAUAAUUCUGGACUCCAGACUGGUCUCAGAAAACUGGUUGAAGAAUUAGUAGCUGAAGACAACCCGCCUGAACCUUCACCAGAAUGCAGGAAGAUGAUUGCUUUGGGACUGUUUUAUAAAGCGAUGCUGUCUCUGGCUAAGAAUGUAAGCCCGCGUUUCAACUCUGGAGGUGCGUUACUAUCAAGAGGUAUAUCCCACGGCACGCAGAUUUAUGAAACUGACAAGACAUUAUGGCCGCUAAACAAACCGGUUUCAAAACUGGAAGGACUUAUUCAAUGCUCAGGUGAGGCUAGAUAUGUGUGCGACAUAAAUUCUGGACCACGGGAGGUGCACAUCGCUCUUGUUCUAUCUAAAGUGUGUCGAGCUGAACUCUUGGGCUUCGAGGAGAAAGAAGCAUUGAAAAUUCCGGGCGUCGUCGGCUUUCUUUCAGCUAAAGACAUUCCUGGUCAAAACUCCUUUACUCCAACCACUAUUCCCUCAGUAACUCACAAUGAAGAACUAUUUGCAUCUUCUUCUAUCUCUUACUAUGGCCAGCCAGUAGGCAUGGUUGUUGCUACUACCAAAAACUUGGCAUUAACUGCAGCAGAAUUGAUUAAAGUCAACUAUAAGAAGAUGGAUGUAACGCCAGUUCUCACUGCCCGGGAUGCAUUGGUAGCUCCAGAUAAGGAUAGACGUGUACGUCAAGAAGUCCAAAUUAACCCCCUUAGAAGAGGUACGGAUAUAAAGCACACAUUCUCUGGGAGCUUCAGCGUACCUUCACAAUACCACUAUUCUAUGGAGACCCAGAGCUGUCACGUUCACGUCGAUGGCUCAACCAUAGUUGUGAGAUCUGCUACACAGUGGAUGGACCUGAUCCAAAUUGCUGUGUCUAAAGCUCUUGGUGUUGACGAAAAUAGAAUUCUGGUUGAAGUGCCCCGUGUAGGUGGCAGUUACGGCGGUAAAGCUUCGCGUUCAGCGCUAGUAGCGUGCGCCUGCGCAGUUGCCGCCCACAAACUUAAUAGACCAGCCUCUCUUGUGCUACCGAUCACAGAUAACAUGAAUGCUCUAGGCAAAAGACAUCAUUGUGACUUUGAUUAUGAGUGCGCCGUAAACGACGAUGGUGUAAUUCAAUAUCUCAAUGUGACUUACUAUUGUGAUAGUGGCUACACCGUGCUCACUGAUAAACCUAGUGAAACUUGGUGUAGAGCGCCUGGUACUACAGAAGCCAUAGCGUUCACAGAACAUAUCAUGGAACGAAUUUCACACAUCACUAGCAAAGAUCAUAUUGACGUUCGAAUAGCCAACCUUCAUUCAGAUCAUGACGCCUUCAAAGACUUAAUAACAACUUUCAAAACAGAAAACGAAUUCGAAGACCGAAGAAGUGCUAUAACAAAAUUCAACAGAGAAAAUGCAUGGAAGAAAAAAAGUCUAAAACUGUCGUUAAUGUCUUUUCCUAUAAUAUAUGCAUUUAACUUUCCUGUAACCAUAUCAGUUUACCAUGGUGAUGGUACAAUAGCUAUUUCCCAUGGAGGAAUAGAAAUGGGACAAGGAAUUCAUACAAAAAUUGCACAAGUCUGCGCCUACUCAUUGAAAGUUCCUUUAGAAAAGGUGAUAGUUAGAGGUAGUGAUAGCUUUGUAUCACCAAACGCCAUGGCAUCAAAUGGAACUAUAACUAGUGAUUCUGUGGCUUAUGCUACGGUGAAGGCGUGUGAAAACUUAUUAAAAGCAUUAGAACCUACAAGGAAAGAGUUGAGUGAACCUACUUGGGAGGAACUGAUUAAGAAGGCACAUGAAAAUGGUAUAAAUCUUCAAACGACAUAUAUGAUGUCACCUAAUGAUGCACUACAAGGGUACAAUAUAUACGGCAUAUGUGCGGCCGAAGUGGAACUAGACGUAUUGACUGGUAACCAUAUCAUUAGAAGACUGGACAUACUGGAAGAUACUGGAGUCAGUAUGAGUCCAGAAAUUGACGUAGGACAGAUUGAAGGUGCUUUCGUCAUGGGCUUAGGUCUCUGGACAUCAGAACAGAUAAUUUACGACAAAGUGACUGGUAAACUGUUGACUGAUAGAACAUGGACAUAUAAACCACCUGGUGCCAAAGAUAUUCCUGAAGACUUUAGAGUCAAAUUUAGACCAAACGCUAGUAAUCCUGCAGGAGUCUUGAGAUCUAAAGGAACCGGUGAGCCAGCGCUAACAUUAGCAGUAGUCGUGACACAUGCAUUGCACGACACCAUAUUAGAAGCUCGGAAGGAGUUUGGAUACGUUGAUAAAGAUUGGGUUUUUGUAGGAUCACCAUACACAGUAGAAAAUAUUGUGACAGCCAUAUCACCUAAAAUAGAAAGCUACCUAUUGACAGCAUAA